AUGGAAACUGUCACAUUAUUUGUUGAUAAUAUUCCGGAGCAGAAGGAUCAGAUGUGGUUAAAGCGAGCUUUUAACAAGUUUGGGGAAGUUAAGGAUGUAUUUAUACCUCUGAAAAGAAGCAAGAGUACAGGCAACAAAUUUGGUUUCGUCAGGUAUGAUUGCUAUGAGGCAGCCAACAGGGCAAUAUCAAGAAUGAAUGGAGUUUGGGUGGAGAAGGAGAGGCUUUUUGUUAAAGAAGCCAGUUUCAGAAUCAAUGAAUUGAAGUCUACGGUGAAACAUCUCAGGCCUCCAUUACAGAAGGAGAAAGGAAUCUGGCAAGGUGUGAAUCCAAUUCAAAGAUAUGGUAAUGAGGUGCAGAAGGAGGAUAGUAGGGCUGAGUUCUAUGGUGGUCUCGGUGGAAUAAAUAAAUCUUUCGCUCAAGCUCUCAAAGGGGAAUCAUCAAAAGCAGGGCCUGAUCAAAAGAAUUUUUUAAAAAUCAAAUAG